GACGAGCCCUGUGCCUCCAGCCGGGGCGGCGAGAGGGCUGGACUAACCCUGCUGAUGUGCCCGCGCUGAGGGGGGUGGCUGAAGGCGGUCGGUGGGAGCCGGCUGGAGAGGCCCAGAGCUCGGUCUGGGGGGGGGGUUGCCCAGCACCUGUGACCCGGCCCCGCAGCCUCUCAACCUCGGCUGGGACCACCGGGAUGGGGAACAGCGGCUCAGCCGUGAAGGUCUGCACGGAUCAUCAAGGAGGCAUCAACUGGCUGAGCCUGAGCCCGGACGGGCAGCGCCUGCUGACGGGCAGCGAGGACGGCACUGCCCGGCUCUGGAGCACUGCCGACAGCCAGUGCCGCGGCCACUUCCAAGGACAUGAAAGUUACAUCACCUUUUGCCACUUGGAAAAUGAGGCUGCCUUCACAUGUAGUGCAGAUCACACCAUUCGAAAGUGGGAUGUGAUGACAGGUCAGUGCCUGGCCAUUUACCGAGGACACACAUCAAUUGUGAACAGGAUCCUGGUUGCCAAAGACUAUCUCUUCAGUGGCUCUUACGACCGGACAGCCCGCUGUUGGAGUGUGGACAAGGAGAAACAAAUCCAGGAAUUCCGAGGCCAUCGGAACUGUGUCCUGACUCUAGCUCACUAUUCCUCCAGGGAUGUUCUUGAAGAAGAGGAAGAGGAAGAGGAGGAGGAAGAGAAAGUGAGCAGAGACCUCCUGGUGACAGGUAGCACGGACUGCACUGUUAAGGUCUGGUGGGUGUCCAGUGGGCGCUGUUACCAGACUCUGCUGGGACACACUGGAGCUGUCUUGUGCCUUAUACUUGACGCACCAAACAGGGAGCUGUUUUCUGGCAGCACGGAUUAUACCAUUCGAACAUGGAAUAUUGUCACUGGGGAGCAGCUGAAAGUGUUCAAAGAGCAUCAAGGAUCAGUAAUUUGCCUAGAGCUAGUGAAUCGGCACUUGUACUCAGGAAGCGCGGACAGGACAGUGAAGUGCUGGUUAGUAGACACUGGGGAGCGAAUCCAAACGUACAAGGCUCACAAACACAGCGUUAGCACUUUGAAAUACCACGCUGGGAUCUUGUUUACAGGAAGUGGUGAUGCCUGUGCAAGAGCUUUCAAUUCCAAGAGUGGUGUCCUCCAGAAGAUCUUCCGAGGUCAUAAGUUUAUCAUCAACUGCAUCCAGAUCCACAACGAGCUGCUCUACACAGCUUCCCACGAUGGCACACUAAGGAUUUGGGACAUCCGGGGAAUAUGCAAGAGAAAUAAGCGGCGUUUGAAGAAGGAAAGGUCUGUGCAGGGCAGGAGCUCUCAGAAGGGAAGUCUGUCUCGUCUGUUCAACAAUAAAGUUGGCUGUAUGGUACAGCAAGAAAAUGGGGAACAUGAGACUGUUGAACUAAUGUGACUGUCUAGGACAGACUUCCCAUCAGUGACCAAAGCUGAACCUUGUUUUCUACACCACUGUGCCCAUGUAAAACAGAACUUGGAAAGAGAUGGGAAAUGGCUUUGCUUGAACCUUGUUUUCAGGAGCCAGGAUUCUUUGUGACUGUCAGAUGGACUCAAGUCAAGAUACUGCUGCUGCAGAGCACUCCCAGCUGAGGAGUACUGGGGUCAGGAGGGACUGCAGGGUGGUUCAGGUGAUGCACCUCUGUGUAAUUAGGAACUGUACUUACAACUGCUUGUUUUCAGUUCCUGCUGGCACAGAGGUGUUGCACAUUUCUGACUGCCUAGUAUCUAAUGAGAAACAUUCUCACCUGUUCCUGUUGUCUGCUCACAUCUCCUUUCUUUGAUCCCAUGAAAGGUGCCCUGCAGUAUGACUACAAAUUCAGUUUUCACAGCUGACCUUUGGGUCAGUUUUUUGCUGAUCAGACCAACCAAUGCAGAAUGGUGUGGCUCAGCAGAAAGAGUCUACAGCAGACUGGACACCCCUCUGGGAAGCUGGGAGUAGUAGGACAGAAAUUAAUUUAACAAAAAAACUAAACCAACCCAUAAGCUGGAGAACAAUCCAAACCUCAGAUUUUCUGUACCAAGGUCAGCUGUUUGCCAAGGCACAGCAGUUGUCUUCCUCCCACCAACCUAGCGGGUUCUUCUUUUAGCCUUUUAUGAUCCUGCACUUCAGAAAAGGAAGCAUCAAUGGCCUCACACGUGUCUCCUGUGUGUAUGCCCAGCUACCAAGGUUCUGCAGGUGGGAAGCUCCUGAUGGGCUCCUCUGAAGGGCCUCCUCUUGGCAUGGCAGGAGUUGGAAGGUGUUCCCUAGGCACCAUUCUGUGGUGGUGGCUCUACCUCCUCUCUGGGCAGCCUGGUCCACUGCUUGACUGUCCCUGUGGGGCAAAGGUUUUCUUUAUACCCACUGGGAAUGUCAAAUUGUGGGGUUUUUUUGUUUGUUUGUUUGUUUGUUUGUUUUCAGGGGAGAGGAGUGUGAAACAGGAAGAUUUAUUGAGUGCUCUAGAUUUCGUCUUUUCUCCGAGCAAGGCUCUGCCUGGUCUUGUUUUGCUAGGUUGUUACAGCAUUGAAUAGACAGUCAAACUCAAGAGGAGUUCUCCCAGUCUUUUUCCAGGUUCAUCCCUCUCUGAUAACCACUGAGCCAUGAAUAAACUAGGGUUCUUAUAUUUUUCUACUUGCAGAUAUAACUCUUUGUAGAACUAGUACAAAAUUAUCUAACCACAUGUUUUUAUUUUUAUGGCUUUAUUUAUUCUGUACUACAGCAAGAUAAAAAUGCUGUAAUCCUUUUAUAGAAUGGACUAAUAAACAUGUGGCAUCUACAGCCAA